GAGCAAGAUAUAAAUGUGAUCUAGCUACAUUGUAUGUAGAAGUACAUACCUAAUAGGUUAGUAACCUUAUUGAAAGUAUCUAAGUAUUGAGUGGCACUCCGGGUACCUACAUCAAUAGCACUGGUGCUGUCCCGGUCAAUGACUCCUCGUUGCCGUUGCCGAAAACCAGAGCUACCCAAACAUCAAUCACUACAUACCUAGGUAGGUAUGUACGUACGGAGAUCCGCAUCGCAUUCAAGUUUAACCACACCCACAAAUAUUCCGUUCAUCAUCGUCAGCCUUUUGCGCUGCCCCAGAUGCCUUGCCCUGUCGAGACUCGGCACUCUUCUCGUCAUAUUAUUUAUUCCAUAUAGUGUUCUGUUUUUGUUUUGUUUUGUUUUUGUUUUUUUUUUGUUCUGGGGUUUAAAAUCUCCACAAAAGAUUACGCUCAAGGCCUCAAAUCGCAGGCAAUAUCUUGAUAUAUUUCUUUUUAACUGAGUCCCUACUCGCACCAAAUUAUUUUACCACAUUCGCCAUCGCACCUCAAUCCUCAACCCUAAGGCGCCCGUGCGCUAUCCGGAUCUUAUAUCAGUCUCAUCUCGAUUCCUGUCGAUCGAUCGAGUCAACAUGGGUGUUCCCAAGUUUUUCAGAUGGCUCUCGGAGCGGUAUCCUGCGAUAUCUCAGCUCAUUGCAGAGAACCGAAUCCCUGAAUUCGACAACCUUUACUUGGACAUGAAUGGCAUCAUCCACAAUUGCACCCACAAAGACUCGCACGAUACUUCAUUCCGCCUCAGCGAAGAUGAGAUGUUUAUACGCAUAUUUAACUACAUUGAACACUUGUUUGGGAAAAUCAAGCCAAAGAAGCUAUUCUUCAUGGCUAUCGACGGCGUUGCUCCAAGAGCCAAAAUGAACCAACAGAGGGCCCGUCGAUUCCGGACGGCGUUAGAUGCCGAACAGGCUCGCGAGAAGGCCAUACGAGAAGGAGAGGAACUUCCGAAGGACGAUCCCUUUGACAGCAACUGUAUUACGCCGGGCACGGAAUUCAUGGCCAAGCUAACCCAGCAGCUCAAGUACUUCAUCAACAAAAAGAUUUCCGAGGAUUCUGAUUGGCAAGUUUGCGAUAUUGUUCUCUCUGGCCACGAAGUCCCUGGCGAGGGAGAACACAAGAUUAUGGAGUACAUCAGGAACGCGAAGGCUCAGCCGGAUUAUCAUCCCAACGUUCGUCAUUGUUUAUACGGUCUCGAUGCUGAUCUUAUCAUGUUGGGGCUGUUAAGCCACGAUCCCCAUUUCUGCUUGCUUCGAGAAGAGGUCACUUUUGGUCGGGCUUCGAAGACAAAGUCGAAGGAGCUUGAGCAUCAAAACUUCUACCUCAUGCACCUCUGCAUAGUUCGAGAAUAUCUCGAGCUGGAAUUUCAGGAGCUGAAAAAGGAAGGAUGCAUAAAGGUGCCUUUUGAUAUGGAGAGAAUCAUUGAUGAUUUCAUCCUCAUGGCAUUCUUCGUUGGCAAUGAUUUUCUUCCCAACCUACCUAAUCUUCACAUUAAUGAGGGGGCUUUGGCAACCAUGUUUCGUCUCUACAAGCAACUUCUUCCCCAGUGCGAUGGUUACAUCAAUGAAGGGGGGGUAAUCAAUCUCUCCCGCUUGAAAUUACUACUCGAGGAGCUUUCGAAGGAAGAAGAUCGAUAUUUUGAGAACGAGCACGCCGAUUCUAAGUGGCUAAAGGGCAAGCACCUAGCGGAAACUAACGGCCAUGAACAUAGCAAGCCGAAAGGAAAGCUUGUCGUGACGAGUUCCCAGAAGGAGAUAUGGAAGAAGAUUCGGAAGUUCAUAAACCAACGGCCGCCUACUCCACUCGACCUAGGCCACGAACUUGCCGCCGCCGAUAGGAAAUUCGUUCAGGACACGGCCGACAGUCUUCAUAUCGAAUGGCGUACUGUUGAGGAUGGCGAUGGACAACGCAGCCUAUCAUUAGCGUUCCCCGCAAGGGAAGACGGUGAUGACAACGAAGAAGAAGAGGAAGAAGGGCACAUGGCCUUAUUUCGCGUUAUGAAGCGCUACGAUAAUGCUCAAGUUGUUGACAUUUCUCCCCAGGAAGCCCAGACCACCGCUCAAGCCAUGUAUGAGGACAAGUUCCAAGAGUGGAAAGACAAGUAUUACGCAAGUAAAUUUGAUUGGGCUCCAGAAGCCAAGGAGACGGAACUAACAAAGCUUUGCGAGAAUUAUGUGCAGGGCCUGCAAUGGGUACUAUAUUAUUAUUACAAAGGUGUAGCUUCUUGGCCAUGGUUCUACCGCUACCACUACUCUCCCAUGACAUCAGAUAUCACCAAAGGCAUGAGCGCUGAUCUCAACUUCAAAUUGGGCCAGCCCUUCCGACCUUUUGAGCAGUUGAUGGGAGUACUCCCGGACCGAAGCAAGAAAAUCGUCCCUUCAAUAUAUCACGAACUUAUGACAGAUGUAAAAUCUCCAAUUAUCGAUUUCUAUCCUAGAGAUUUUGAGCUCGACAUGAACGGAAAGAAAAUGGAAUGGGAAGCUGUUGUUAAGAUCCCUUUUAUCGACGAGCAGAGAUUACUAUCUGCUAUGGCACCCAAAAACCAGCUUCUUACCCCAGAAGAAAGGGCGCGCAAUGAUUUUGGCGUGUCACUGAAGUUCACCUAUGAUGCCAGCGUCGACUUCAUUUACACCUCGUCCAUGGUCGGAAUCUUCCCAGAUGUACCCCAUUGCCAUUGCGUCGAGAACAUAUUUGACUUACCUACAACAGAAGGGUUAGACCUGUAUGUCGGCUUACUGAGAGACACGAAACUGGGGGUCGACGCCCUAGCAGGGUUUCCAAGUCUGGCUACAUUACCUUACAAUGCCACCCUUGGCUUUCACGGUGUGAACGUUUUCCAGCAAGAGAGCCGCAACGAAAGUAUGGUCGUAACCCUGGCCGACGUAGAACUCCGCAGCAGAGCUGAAUUGGCAAAGGUCAAACUGGGGCAGAAAUGCCACGUCGGAUACCCCUUUUUACAAGAGGCUAAGAUCAUGUGUGUGUCUGACGAAUUAUUCGACUACACACUUGCCACCGAUGGGUCUGGUCAAGUGAUCCAGACUCACCACACUGGCAGAGAAAUUGAAGAGUGGAACAAGAAGUCGUUCCGCAUUGAAAAUUUCUAUAGUAAACGACUUGGCAUCAUCAUUGGUACCAUUGAGUCGAUGGUCCAUGUUGACAUGUUAAGGGGGCUCAUCAAGACUGAUGAAGGUGCUACCAUCAAAGAGUACGGUCAUAUCCCCGGCAUGGAGACGGAUUACGCUGCGCAAGUGAUCGUCGAUGAAGUCAUUAGUGAGGAUGAGAGGUUCAUUGAACGGCCCGCGCUACCGUUUGAAGAAGAGUUCCCUAUCGGAUCUCGCAUUUUCUUUCUAGGUGACUACGCCUAUGGUCGUCCUCUUGAGAUCUCUGGUCACAUCGAUAACCGAGCCGAGAUCAUGUUGUCUGUACCUCGCAUAAAAGAGCCCGACUUUGCACAUCCAAUUAUUCGCCGUGCUGAGCACCACAGUGGUUAUCGACCGUCUUACGCUGUGGCGAGGGACCUAGGGCUACACCCUCUCGUGUUAAGCAAGAUUACUUCUUCCUUUUAUGUUCACACGAUAGGUGGCAGUAUGAAGGUCAAUCUUGGACUAAACCUCAAAUUCGAGGCAAGGAAGCAAAAGGUACUCGGAUAUUCCAGGAAAUCGAAUUCGGGAUGGGAAUUUAGCCCUACAGCAAUACAGCUACUAGUAGAGUAUAUGACUCGCUUUCCUGAUUUCUUUGCUGCCAUCAUGAAGAAUCCAUCGGGGAACGAAUUGCACGAGACACAACUCUGGCCAGAUGGUGACGUCGCCAGCGCUAGGAUCAAGGAGAUCGGGGCUUGGCUGAAGACUGUGGAAACAAGCAAGUUCGAGCGAGUCCCCCUUGAUGCCGAACAACUGGACUCUGACGUAGUUAUGCUACUCCAGAAAACAGUAGAUGAGUUGAGAGAAUCUACCGACAAACAUGAUAGGAAAAAGCUCAAAGGCGUUCCUCGGUCAGCACUGCUCAACCCUAAGGACGCUGAGCAACGACUAGGCAAUCAGCAAUUCAGCCUGGGCGACCGAGUGGUUUACGUACAAGCCUCCGGAAAAGUACCUAUUGCUUCAAGGGGAACGGUUGUCGGUAUAAGCACAGUAGGCAACCACCACAUGCUUGACAUCUUGUGCGACAAUGCAUUUAUGAAUGGCACAACUUUGGGUGGCCGGUGCGAGCCCUUCAGAGGCCAGACUGUCUCAGCUAAUUCGGUGCUUAACGUCACAAAUAGGCAAGUUAUUGCAAGUUCCAAGAUGAGCCUAGAAAAACGACCUAUCCAAACAACACUACCUCUUCAGUCCCGAGGAUACGGCACACCUGGCGACCCUAGGGGUCAACUCCGGGAUGCAUCAGCACCAUCUCCCCUGCGGGGAUCUUGGAGGGGUGCCGUGAACGGCGUCCAUCAACAGUCGGCACAGGGACGAAACGUCCAGAGUUCUUCGGCACCUAACGAUCCCCCUCGUUUACAGCACAGCAGUAUGGUUUAUCGGCCAGCGAUCAACAACCACCAGCACCAGCAAGCAAAUUUCCAAGGAGCAGCGCAACAUGGUGGCAGCUUUCCUCCGCGCGGUCGAGGUUUGAACAGGGGUGGACGUGGAAGUAGAGGUGGGAGGGGAGUAUCGACGGCCCCAACUAACACGAUCAGUAACCCGAGCGCAUCAGGUAUACCGGGAGUGUCUCAGACCCAGGCGUACAAUGCUGUACCACCACCAUCCGGAUUGGAUGUUCGUGGCGGUGGCCGCGGACGUGCACGCGGCCGUGGCGCCUUGCGUGGAAGAGGGGCCCGAGGCGUGGCAAGUAAAGACUAAUGAGCUAAAGAUUCGGGACAAGUUGAGCCACAUAAGCUGCUAGGACUCUCCCCCAAUCCACUCAGACUGAUAAAAGAUUAACAGUGGACAUUGUGAACGAAAGGUCUGAGUGCAGGAAGUCAUACGUGGGCAACGGGUUUUGAGGAUUGCCUUCCCUUCAUCAUGCUCAAGGUGUCGAGAUGCUUAUAGAAUGUGAGCGUAUUGCCGUGCCAGCUUUUAGUCUUGGACGCGUUAAUACCAUCGGCUGUGGAUGCCACGCCUAUUUCUCAUAUUAGCAGUUCAGGACCAGCUACCUCGACUAUGACCUACAUCUGAGAUCUGCGAAAUUAGAGGUGCUAUAGCAUAUGUAGGCAGAGUCUAUAUUACCUAUAUGCUUGCACAAAUUGUGGACGUGGAAAUGGAAUGAAAUGAUGCCGUUCUCGGUAGUUAUCCUAGGCUCUACAUUAAGGUAGGAUAAUCGAUGUUAUUCCAUCACGUUACUAUUCACCAUACGUAUGUCUUACCACCAUCAAGGCCUUAGUCAACGAGGGCAUCAUUGAAGCCAAAAAGACUAGUUAUAGUGUAGGUAGGACC